AUGCGUCAACGAACACCACAUCGCAAGUCGCGGUUCGGCUGCAAAGAGUGCAAGCAGCGCCACGUCAAAUGCGACGAGAGCCGGCCGGCGUGCGUCAACUGCGCGACGGGCCAGAGACGGUGUUCGUUUCUCGACACCGAAUCAUCGAUGCCGUCGUCAACCUCUGCCUUUCUCUACCAGUGUCCCAGCCCCGCCACAUCGAUAGGGGGGUCCUCGCCGAACACGGCGGGAGGAGGGCUGACGCCCGCGGAACCGGCGAGCUACCGUAGUGCCUAUCCGCCGACAGAGCCGUACGACUUUCGACACAUGGAGCUGCUCUACCACUUCGAGCACGGCCUGGGCGCCACCCAGGGCUUCGGCGACGACCCGACGCGGGAGAGGUACCAGAAGAUGUCCCUGAAGCAGGCGAUCCGCACGCCCUACCUCAUGGACGAGCUCCUGGCCAUAGCGGCGGCCCACAAGAGCACCCUCCCCGGCGAGGACCAGGCCUUCUACCGGGGCGAGGCCACGCGGCUGCAGACCCGGGGCCUCGCGCAGUUCAACGCCACCAACGCCGAGGUGUCCAACGACAACUUCCUGGCCGUGUUCCUCUACUCCACCUGGCUCAGCCAGCACGUGCUCUUCGACGCCUUCUCCUCCUCCUCCUCCUCCUCCGCCGCCGCCGGCCCCGCCGGCUUCUCUGAGACCCUGGACAAGCUGGUCCAUUGCAUGGGUCUCCACCGCGGGGUCCGGACCAUCGUCGGCGGCUCGUGGCACAAGCUCAAGGCCCACCUGGACGAGCACAUGGGGCCCGGCAGCCCCUUUGUGGACAGCAUCAUCAUCGGCCACGACCGGUUCGAGACGGGCGACGAGUGCAGGGGGCUGUCGGAGCUCUUCGACCGUGACGGCGACGGCGGCCGGAACGAGGCGUCGAGGGCCGCGCUGGCCGAGGCCGUCGAGCACCUGCAGCUCAUGUUCGACGUCCAGCGGAACACGGCCCUGACGGCCGGCCGCCGGCGCAGCACGGUGAUCGAGUGGUCCAUCCGGGCGCCGACGGCGUAUGUCGGCCUGCUCGACCAGCGGCGGCCCGAGGCACUGGUCGUACUCGCCUACUGGGGCGUGCUGCUGCACCGCGCCCGGGAGGCCUGGACCUUUGGCGACGCCGGGAGGACUCUCGUCUGGUCCUUGGCGGCCCAUCUCGGGUCGUACUGGAGCGAGUGGCUCGCGUGGCCGCAGGCGGAAGUAGGAAGCCCGGGCGACUCGGCAUCAAGCCCGCGUCAUUUCUGA